UCGCCAGCCAGGCCAGCCAGCUCGCCUGAGGCUCCGGGAGAGGAGCGUCGCUUCGCGGCCUCACGCUGCACAACCUCCGCUCCGGAAGGCUCCACCGGCGUCUGCCCGUCGUCGUCGCCGGCGUCCGCGGGUGAGCCAGCCCUGGCGGCGGCGGUGGCGGUGGCGGUGGCGGCGGGUCCAGUGCGAGGACCGAACGCCAUGAACCGCCAAGCCGCGACGGAGGAUGCGGCCCCGGCGGCUCCGGACGGGCGGCUCGCCUCGCUCGGAGCCGACGGCGGCGAGUCCGAAUCUGGCGCCGGCUCGGAGGACACCUCGGCGGGAUGCUGCAGCGACACGUUCAGCAGCCUGCCCGACAUCGAGCAGGAGAGCUUGGAGGACAAGCUGAGGGGGCUGGCGUUUCGGAAACAGACGUCCUAUCGGAAAGCCAUCUCCCGUUCGGGCCUGCAGCACCUGGGCCCGCCGCAGGGCGCCCCGCCCGCCGCCUCCAACGGGCCUGGCAAGGAGCCUCGCACCUGCCUGGACUGGACGGAGAACGCGGUGAACGGCGAGCACCUGUGGAUGGAGACCAGCUGCUCGGGCGAGCUGUGCUACCUGGGGGAGGACGCCUGCCUCGUCAAGGCCGCGAAGUCUGCGCCCAGGAGGAAGUGCGCCGCCUGCAAGAUCGUCGUCCACGCCGGCUGCAUGGAGCCGCUCGAGAAGAUUAACUUCAGGUGCAAGCCGACGUUCAGGGAGGCGGCAUCGCGCUGCCCGAGAGACCAGAACCUGCUGAGGCAUCAUUGGGUGCACCGGCGGAGGCAGGAGGGGAAGUGCAAGCAGUGCGGCAAGAGCUUUCAGCAGAAGUUUUUCCACAGUAAAGAAAUCGUCGCCAUCAGCUGUUCCUGGUGCAAGCAGGCGUUCCACAACAAGGUGACGUGCUUCAUGCUGCGGCAGAUCGAGGAGCCGUGCUCGCUGGGGGCGCACGCCGCCGUCAUCGUGCCCCCGUCGUGGAUCAUCAAAGUCAGGAAACCGCAGAACUCGCUCAAGAACUCGGCCAGGAGGAAAAAGCGCACGUCUUUCAAGCGGCGGGCGAGCAAGAAGGGCGCUGACGUAAGUGACCAAAAGGGAUUUAAUGGCGCCUCCUGUCAAUCUGAAGCGUCAUUUGCCCCCCCCCCCCGACCCCGCCUGGUCUUUCCUCAGGAGUCCAAAUGGCGACCGUUCAUGCUAAAGCCGCUGCCGUCGCCGCUCAUGAAGCCCAUCCUGGUCUUGGUCAACCCCAAGAGCGGCGGCAACCAGGGCGCCAAGCUGCUCCAGAUGUUCAUGUGGAUCUUGAACCCGCGGCAAGUCUUUGACCUGUCGCAAGGCGGCCUGAGAGAGGCGUUGGAUCUGUAUCGGAAAGUGCCAAACUUGAGGAUCCUGGCGUGCGGCGGAGACGGCACGGUGGGCUGGAUCCUGUCCACGCUGGACGAGCUUCAGAUGACCCCCCAGCCUCCGGUGGCCGUCCUUCCUCUGGGAACAGGAAACGACCUCGCCAGGACGCUCAACUGGGGCGGGGGCUACACGGACGAACCCGUGUCCAAGGUCCUGGGCCACGUGGAGGACGGCUCGGUGGUGCAGCUGGACAGGUGGAACCUGCAGGUGGAGAGCGGCGGCGCCGGCGAGCGGUCGCCCGAGGACGCCGCGCAGAAGCUGCCCCUCAACGUCUUCAACAACUACUUCAGCCUGGGCUUCGACGCUCAUGUCACGCUGGAGUUCCACGAGUCCAGAGAGGCCAACCCCGAAAAGUUCAACAGUCGCUUCCGCAACAAGAUGUUCUAUGCGGGAGCCGCCUUCUCCGAUUUCCUCCAGAGAAGCUCGAGGGACUUGUCCAAGCAUGUCCGAGUGGUGUGCGACGGCACCGACUUGACUCCGAAGAUCCAGGAUUUGAAAUUCCAGUGCAUCGUCUUCCUCAACAUUCCCAGGUACUGCGCGGGGACCGUGCCGUGGGGCAACACCGGCGACCACCGCGACUUUGAGCCGCAGCGCCACGACGACGGCUGCAUCGAGGUCAUCGGCUUCACCAUGGCCUCGCUGGCGGCGCUGCAGGUGGGCGGGCACGGCGAGAGGCUGCACCAGUGCCGAGAGGUGGUCCUCACCACGUUCAAGACGGUGCCCGUUCAGGUGGACGGCGAGCCGUGCCGACUGGCGCCGUCCACGCUGCGCAUCUCGCUGCGCAACCAAGCCAACAUGGUCCAGAAGAGCAAGCGGCGAACUUCGGUGCCCCUGCUCAACGACCCCCACGCCGUCCCCGAGCGACUUCGGCUGCGGGUCAACCGCAUCUGCCUGCACGAGUACGACCGGCUGCAGUACGACAAAGAACGGCUCCGCGACAUCUCGGUCCCGGUGGGCAUCGUGGUGGUGAGGGGCGACUGCGACUUGGAGACGUGCAGACUCUACAUUGACAGACUGCAAGAGGACUUGCACCAGGCGCCCCCUCUUGGCCACAGAGUGCACUACCAGGAUGAAAGCCGGGGGAUGCUCAGGACCACCUCGGCCGGCAGACUCUCUUCCAGCUGGAGCUUCUUGGAUUCCACAUCAGCCGAUCGCUUCUAUCGCAUCGACAAAGCUCAGGAGCACCUUCACUUUGUCACGGAAAUUUGCCAGGAGGAGGUGUUCAUCCUGGACCACGAGGCGCCGGCGGCCGGGAUGCCCGACCUGGUGGUGGAGCCCAACGUUGGUGCGCCUUUGACUCCCGAGGAACAAGCGCUGUUGACGGCCGCUGGCUCGGGCGAUCUCUCCAUGCUGUCGGAGUGCGUUCAUCACGGCGUCAGCCUGCUGGUGCGAGACACGGCCGGUUGCUCGGCGCUGCAUAAAGCCUCGCAGAAAGGCCACGCCGAGCUGGUCGUCUUCAUCCUCCAGCGGGGAUCCAAAGUGCUUCUUGACCUGCCAGACAGAGAAAAGGGGGACACUGCCCUGCACAAAGCCGCCUUGGAGAAGCAGCACGCCGUGUGUCGGCUGCUGGUGGAGGCCGGCGCCUCGCUUCAGAAAACCAACUUUCAGUGAGGCACUGGUAUGCGUGCCGCCCACAGGGGAAGACGCCAGCGGAGCAAGCGGCGGGCGACUUGGAGCUGACCUCCUACCUGAGCAGCCAAAAAACACCAUCGACCCCCCAUGAGGACUUGGAGACGGCAGUGUGACGCACGGGCACAUUUUUUUUUUCCACACGCGGGCGGCGGCGAAGGGCCACGUCCGAAAGCGAACACUCGCAGCUCAGACGCCAAGCAGUUAGACGGGUGGCGUACGGCCCGCCUAUUUAUUUGCUAUAUAUUUAUUGAGAUUUGUAUUUAUUCCGGCCGGACGCUCGGUUGCCAUGGUCGCAGUGGAGCCGCAUCUCAUGGCGAGUUUCCCAGCUGAACCGAGUGCAAAAAGUCGGCGCAUUGAAGUGUUUGCACCCAUCCGAGCCUUUGUGCCAAAGAGCGGGAGAGACGUUUGAGUGCGAUUUCUUUGAGCGAUAUGCACAUGACGAUGGCUGCUGCGUGACCGUGCUUGAACCUGCGACUUCGUCUCAUCGAAAAGAAACUUUAUAUUCCAUUUAUUGUCACUAGCGUUGGUUCUGCAUGGCCUUUUCUGACCUCAGCAUUGAUUACUUUCCAGUAUUGGCAGACACAUGCGUUAUUAUGAUUAUGCUUAUUGUUUCAACUCUUAAAUUAUUUUUCCGAGUGUUUAAAUGCCUGGUUUUCGUCCAGGGGUUGUUUUUGUAUCGCCGCUGAAGAGGACUUGCUGUGUUUUAUUUGGAAAGAGGAGCUUUCUGUUGCAUGUUUCCACUCUUUCCACGGUCACAAUUAUCCACACUUAUUUCUGUUUUCUGGUUCCGGGAUUCAAAAUGUUCACAGACCAUCAACACUUUACAUUUUAAAUAAAAGAUACGCUGAUCUUUGCUGA